AUGCCAGAGCGACACGGGAUCAGCAUUUCCCUCCAGAGCCAAUACGAUGCUCUGAGCCUGCCAGAAUUUCCGGCACCAGUCCCAGCUGCCUCAGCAAGCGACGGACUAUUCCCGCCCAAGACAAACCAUGAACACAAUCAGACCAGCGCAGUCGAAGCAUACACUCCAAUAUAUCCCGGCUCACAGUUCUGGAUCGUGUUUCGCUGCAGCCAGCCAGCUGAGGAAACUCGGUAUUACUACUUCAAGCUGUUCCUGGGCGGCAAGUGCGUUCUUUCGUGGGGAUGCGGAGAAAAGAAUGGAUGGAGCGGCCGCGUCGGCUUCGGUAUCUUCGAGAGCUCAGGGGAUGAUCUUGCUGAUUAUCCGCUCCUCGAGAAAAGGGCUUUUGUGUUCCCAAACAUGCGCGAGACAAAUGAAGGAGGAAGCUUCGAGAUUCGGGUGUAUCGUGCAAUCGGGAGGAAGAGACAGGAUCGGCCAAUCAAGGCGUGGAAACAAGGCGCAGCACCGGAAGGUGUGAAGAUGAACAUUGCAGGAUACAUGAAACCACAGGAUCCUCGUCGCAUGUAUGCAUAUGCGCUCCUGGAUCCGAUGAACAAGCCCUAUGCUUCAUUUGUCUACCACUGCCACGCUGGACAGCAGCUGCGAGAGCUGGGACUCGACAUACCAGCAGAAUUUGAUGUCGACGACAUUAUCAAAGCUUCUCCAAGUAAACGAGCACACCGUGAGAACAAGUCUGCGACACCAGCGCCAAUAGCUCGACCAGUAUCGCCGCCCAGCACAUACACGGGCAAAGACUCUCUCGCUCUGCGUCGCAGCCUUCGGUCUAUUCCGCCUGGCGUUGGCACUGCUGCUGACGGACGCUGGGCCUGAUCAGAUAUCUCCGACCAAGGUGCAGCGGGGACAGAUUGUAGAUGAAGCACUAAAGGGAUCGACACUCUCGCAGGCUGGAGGACCUGAUGAGAUCAAGACUGAAGCACUUCUCUCGCGGACCGGCACUUCAGUCGGCUACUUCAGGAGCAUGGCCGGACGGUGGAAGCGAAGAAGUGGUACGGGUGAGCAGGAAGUGUUACUGUACGACGGAACCCAGCAAGUGAAGCCGUAG